AUGUUGCGCAAUGCGGCCCGCAAGGCCGUGACUGAGCUGUCACAGUACCCCAAGCCUGGCUCCAAGCUGCACGGCUUCACGCUCGUCCGAAGCAAGCACGUCCCCGAGCUUGAGCUCACGGCGCUACACCUUCAGCAUGACAAGACUGGCGCCAACUACCUGCAUAUUGCGCGCGAAGAUAGCAAUAAUGUCUUUUCGAUUGGGUUCAAGACGAACCCCCCCAACGAUACAGGGAUCCCCCACAUCCUCGAGCACACGACGCUCUGUGGCAGUGAAAAGUAUCCGAUUCGCGACCCAUUCUUCAAAAUGCUUCCCCGAACCUUGUCAAAUUUUAUGAACGCGUUCACAGCCUCGGACCACACAUUCUACCCCUUUGCAACUACAAACGCCCAAGACUUCAAGAACCUCAUGUCCGUUUACCUCGACUCGACCCUCCAUCCUCUUCUUAAAGAAUCCGACUUCACACAAGAGGGGUGGCGUAUUGGACCGGAGAACCCAUUGGCCACAGACGAUGACAGCAAGAAGCUCGUUUUCAAGGGCGUCGUCUACAAUGAGAUGAAAGGUCAGAUGUCCGACGCUGGCUACCUUUACUAUAUCCGCUUCCAAGACCACAUCUUCCCCGACAUCAACAACUCUGGUGGCGACCCGCAGAAGAUUACCGACCUAACAUAUCAGCAACUGAAGGAUUUUCACGCCGAGCACUACCACCCCAGCAACGCCAAGCUCUUCACCUAUGGCGAUAUGCCGCUGGCCGACCACUUGGAAGAAAUUGAUGCUCGCCUCCAGGCAUUUGAGAAAAUUGAGGCAGAUAAGGAGAUUCACGAGCCAGUGGUGCUCUCUGGACCCAAGGAUGUCACGUUGGCCGGCCCAUUUGACCCUUUGGUUGACCAGGAUCGCCAAUACAAGACAUCUGUCUCUUGGAUAAUGGGAGAUACCACGGAUGUUCUGGAAUCGUUCUCGCUCGCUCUACUUUCUAGCCUAUUGAUGGAUGGCUAUGGCUCGCCACUGUACCGCGGUCUGGUAGAGACUGGCAUGGGCGCUGACUGGAGCCCCAAUUCUGGUUAUGAUAGCUCUGCCAAGCGAGGCAUCUUCUCCAUUGGUCUCACCGGUGUGCAGGAAGGAGACGUAUCCAAACUCAAAGAAAGAGUUCAGCAGAUCCUCCGCGAGGUCCGCGAUAAUGGCUUUGACCAAGGCAAGAUUGACGGAUCGCUCCAUCAGCUGGAACUGUCUCUGAAGCACAAGACGUCUAAUUUUGGCUUCUCCAUGCUCAACAGACUAAAGCCUAAGUGGUUCAACGGUGUCGACCCGUUCGACUCCUUGGCCUGGAACGACACAAUCAGUGGUUUCCAAGAAAAGAUGGCCAAGGGUGGUUAUCUGGAGGGACUGAUUGAAAAGUAUCUACUCAAUGACAACACCCUAACAUUUACCAUGACGCCAUCGACCACUUUCGGUGAAGAACUGGUCAAUGAAGAAAAGGAACGAUUAGCAGGCAAGAUUGCUGAUGCGGUUCAAAAAGCGGGUGGUGAAGAGCAAGCACGCGCAGCGUUCGAGCAGCAGGAGCAUGAUCUCCUUGAGGAGCAAAACAAGACAAACACGGAAGAUCUUGGCUGCUUGCCCACCGUCUACGUCAAGGAUAUCCCCCGAACUAUCGACCGCGUCACCGUUCGCGACGAAGUGAGCGACGGGGUCUCCAUUCAGUGGCGCGAAGCCCCCACGAACGGCCUGACAUACUUCCGGGCCAUCAACACAAUCGAUGGUCUCUCAGAUGACCUUCGCCAACUGAUUCCCCUCUUUACCGACAGCAUCAUGCGCCUAGGCACCACGAACAAGACCAUGGAGCAGCUAGAGGACCUCAUCAAGCUUAAGACAGGCGGCGUGUCCGUCGGGUACCACUCGACACCAUCGCCGACCAACUUCGAGGCGGCCCACGAGGGCAUCAUCCUCACCGGCAUGGCGCUGGACCGCAAUGUGCCCGUCAUGCUUGAGCUGCUGCGCACGCUGGUGCUGGACACCGACUUUGACAGCCCCGAGGCGGCGCUGCGCAUCCGCCAACUGCUGCAGGCGUCCGCCGAUGGCGUCGUCAACGAUAUUGCCUCGUCGGGCCACCGCUUCGCGAUGAACCACGCCGAGUCGGGCCUGACGCGGGCCGCGUGGCUCCGCCAACAGGUUAGCGGCCUGUCGCAGGUGAAGCUUGUCACCUCGCUCGCUGGCCGGCCCGAGUCCGACCAGCUUGGGGACGUGAUUACCAAGCUUAAGCAGAUCCAGCAGCUUGCGCUCACGACCGGGAACCUCCGUGCCGCCGUGACCUGUGGCAGCGAGAGCGUCGCCUGCAACCUCGCAUCGCUGCAGGCCUUCACUGGUGACCUGCAGCCGCAGCUGCCGCAAACCGGCGGCGGCGCGCUCGCCCUCCCCAAGACGACCAAGAAGACGUUCUUCCCGCUGCCGUACCAGGUCUACUAUGGCGGGCUGUCCGUGGCGACCACGUCGUACACGCACCCCGACGGCGCGCCGCUCCAGAUCCUGUCGCAGAUGCUCACGCACAAGCACCUGCACCACGAGAUCCGCGAAAAGGGCGGCGCGUACGGCGGCGGGGCCUACGCCAAGCCUCUCGACGGCCUGUUCGGCUUCUACUCGUACCGCGACCCGAACCCGCAGAACACCAUGCGCAUCAUGCGCGACGGCGGGCGGUGGGCGGCCGACAAGGCGUGGGCGGACCGUGACCUCGAGGAGGCCAAGAUCUCCGUUUUCCAGUCGGUCGACGCGCCCAAGGCCGUCAACGAGGAGGGCAUGGCGCGCUUCCUGUCGGGCGUCUCCGAGGACAUGCGCCAGGCGAAGCGCACGCAGCUGCUCGACGUCACGCGCGAGCAGGUCCGCGACGUCGCCGAGCGGUACCUCGUGCGCGCCGUGAAUGCCGGCGAAGAGCGCGUGUCGUUCCUGGGUGAAAGGAAGCCCUGGGUCGAUGGCAGCUGGGCAGUAGAGGAGAUGAACGUGCCUGGCGGCGACGCAGAGUGA